GGCUGCUCGCACGGUCUCAUUGUUACACAGUUUGUCUUUAUGACUUAGUGGUUUGAGGUACGCUUUUCUAUUUUUCCUCUUCAAAACUUUAUCCUCGUUCUCUUUUCGAUUCAUUUUUCUCUCAUCAAUGUAAUCCACGAGGAGAAAAACAUUUUUCUCAUUCUCAACUUUUCAUACGCAAGUUUGAUACGGGACGUUUUGAUUAAUUCUCAACUUUGUUUCAGGUGAUGUUGAUCAAAAAAUGGAUUCUGAUUUAUAUACGGUAAACUUAUUUAAACAAUAAUUUCCGAUCUGGUGUCGUAAAAUGAGAUCGUUGGUUUUUCUUUUAUAGUUUCGUGAAUUUGUAGUUUCAAAUACGAGAAAGAUCAUUUCGUAGUUGUUAAUGCGCAAAUUAAUAAUAUAAAUUGCAAACUACCGGGUUGAUUUCUAACUUUUAUUAUCAGUUGAUAUCUAGUGAUCAACUUUUGAAAUUUCAACAUGCUAAAAACAUUCUUCUAAGCGACUAAGCUUGUACUGCUCUCUACCUAGUAUUCGAGAUUAUUCUCUAUUUAUACUGAUUAGAAAAUGAUAUAUUUUUACAUCUGUAUAAGCUGUGCAGAAUGAUAAAAAGAUACUUUUAAAGGGAAUAGUCUUACAUUAUGAGAACUUCAAAUCAUAAAAUGUGUUUUCAUUUGAUGUCAACAGAAUUGUGAAAUCUAGAAACUCUUAUAAAUCAACAAGAUUAUAUAAAAAAAGAAGUAAAAACUGUUAUUGAUUAAAAGAAACUAUGAAAAUCAUUUCUUUCAAUUUUAAAAAUUACGUAUAUUAAGUGAUAAAACCAAUGUAUUUUAUUGUAUUAAAUAAAUCAUUAGUCAUGUCUAAAACUCUACCUCCGGCUAAGAAAUUAAUUUUUAUAUGACACAAGACUUGAAGAGAAGAUACCUUAAAUAUACAUAUUAAUAUUUACGGAUUUAUACGCACAUAUAAAAAUGGGGAGAGAUUUUUGGCUAAAAUCAUCAUCUUACCAAGCAACAUCUACAACAUCGUGUUUGUACCAUUCUCCUCAAACUCAGACUCAUAGAUAUCGAAAGAGAUUCUCAGUUGAAAAUACGACUUCCUUGAAAACAAAAUUGGCAACAACUGGUUCAUCUUGGGACAUUACCACUUGGUUGGCUCAAAUUAAAAAUUUUACUCUGAAUAACCGCUAUAGUUUAAUAGUAUCUAACAUUUUGGAUGUAAUGAUGUACUCAAUAAUUGUGAUUGCUUGCAUAGCCAGUUAUGCAAAUUCAAUGGACGGAGAACUAGUACAUGAUGAUAUUGUGUCCAUAACUACAAAUCCUGAUGUUAUAGGAAAAAAUCCAGUCAAAGAUAUUUUCUUAAAUGACUUCUGGGGAAAACCUAUGACAGAUCCUGAAAGCCACAAAUCUUAUCGUCCUUUUACAGUGCUUACCUUCCGGUUGAAUCAUGUUUUUUGUGGUUUAUCAGCAUGGAGUUUUCAUUUUGUGAAUGUUUUUCUGCACUCAUGUGUAUCAUUGAUGGUCGCUUUUCUUUGUAUUAAAGUUUUAAAAUGGUCUCGAGAAGAUACCUUAUUUGCUGCUUUACUUUUUGCUACACAUCCUAUUCAUACAGAAGCGGUUUCUAGCGCUGUUGGAAGAGCGGAGGUUUUGUCUGCAUUUUUCUUCCUCACAUCUUUACUGACAUUUAUAAAGAGCACAAAAGCCAAUGAAGUGAUAAUUAAAAGAAUGCUAUGGCUGUUAUUAAGCAUGCUAUGUUCUGGGAUAGCUCUUUUAGCUAAAGAACAGGGAAUAACCGUCCUAACAGUUUGCAUGGCAUGGAGAAUACUUCAAUUAAUGGGAAAUAAUAGAUGGGUAGAUAUGAAAAAUUUUUUUCGAAGAAGUAUAGUUUUGCUAAUGGAUCCGAUUUUGUGGAUUGCAGUAUUUGUGUUCAUAAUUCUCGUUGCCUUUCGACUUUGGAUGCUACAAGGAACAAUGCCUAUUUUUUCAGAGGAAGACAAUCCAACUUCUUUUAAUCAAUGCGUGUUUACGAGAUUUUACACAUACCUUUACCUAGCAGCUUUUAAUUUUUGGAUGCUUUUAAAUCCCACCACCCUAUCUUAUGAUUGGCAGAUGGGAAGUAUCCCCUUGGUCACAUCUGCAUUUGAUGUUCGUAAUAUGGCAUCACUGCUCUUGUUAUCUGGCUUGGGCAUCUUGUUUCUUCAGUUACUUCUUUCUUUACACCUCAAGAAAUCAGAAACAAAAUCAAUGGUGAUGUUUUGGUGCAUCUUGGUGUUGCCUUUUCUACCAGCGUCAAAUUUGUUUGUCACCGUAGGGUUUGUAGUUGCGGAGCGAGUUCUUUAUAUUCCAAGCAUUGGAUUUUGUUUGCUGAUCACUUACGGAUUAAGAAAAAUGCGAAAUAAAACAUCAGUUCAUUGGCCAUUUCAAAUUGGUAUUUUACUUCUGAUAGUAUUGUUCACAACAAGAACUAUUAUAAGAAACAAUGAUUGGAAGACAAGAGAAUCCCUGUUCACGUCAGGAUUGACCAGCGUGCCGCAUAAUGCCAAAGUCCAUUAUAACUUCGCUAAUCUGCAGAAAGACAUAGGAAACGUUGAGACGGCGGUGGAACAUUAUAGAAUGGCUCUCAGUUUAUGGCCAAGUCAUGCCAGUGCUCAUAAUAAUUUAGGCACUCUACUUCCUGAUGUAGAAGAAGCAGAGCAGCAUUUUAAACUUGCUCUCAUGAUAAAUUCUCAUCAUCCAAGAGCACUUUUCAACCUUGCUUCCUUAUAUAGCAAGCAGGGCCAAACACAAAUCGCUCAAGAAUUGUUGUAUCGUGCAAUAGAAUUGGAUGAAGAAUUUAUAGAAGCCUAUUCUUCUUUGGCAACAAUUCACGCAGAAGAAGGCAGAGAUGAUGCUGCUGAGGAACUUCAUCUGAGGGCUUUAUCCAUGGAUCCAAACAAUGCUGAUUCUUACAAUAAUUAUGGAACAUUUUUGCAGAAAACAGGACGUGUUGAAGAAGCCAUUCAACAAUACCGGCAGGCUAUGCGUCUACAGCCUAAUCACACUGUUGCUAUAGUGAAUGCUGCAAGAAGUUUACGAUCACUAAAGAACAACAGAGAAGCCGAAGAACUUUAUAAAAGGGCUUUGAUCAUUAAUUCAGAACCUAAGAUAAUGGAUAACUUAGGUGUCCUUUACAUAAGUGCUGGUCGACUCAAAGACGCUAAGGAGAUCUAUAAAGAAUUAUUUGAAAAGUAUAAUGAUUACACUGAAGGGAAAGUACAUUUUGCUCAAGUUCUGAUGCAAGAACGAAGUUUUCAGCAAGCCGAGUCAUUGCUACAAUCGGUAGUGCAACAGAAUACCAGUCACAGAGAUGCACUUCAUCAACUAUCUUUACUUUAUAGCCAAAUCAACAGAACAACUGAGGCUCUUGAUCACAUCUUGAAAUCCCUGAAUCUUUGCUCAUCAUCAGAGAGCGCAUGCGCACAGAUGCACGUUGAUCAUGGUGAUAUAUUGAAAGACAUGAAACAAUGGGAUGAUGCUUCUCAGAGCUACAAAAUGGCAAUUCAAUUGGAUCCCAAAUUAUCCCAUGCUCAUGUGAACUUAGCUGUCAUUAAACAUUUACAGGGUGCAUGCCACCAUGCAUUGCGGCAUUAUCAUGAAGCAUAUAUUUUGGAUCCUGAUAACCAACUUCUGCAUGAAAAUAUGAAAAAAUUGAAACUUCAUCUUGUAGACGGUUCUGGUACUUGUGGCAGAGAUCAACUAAACACUUGUAAAAGUCGGUGACAGUUAAUGGGAAACGGUAGGCUGGGACCAUUUAUGAGCUAAGAUGUUUCUUUGGCAAACUCAGCAAGAAAAACUAUGUAUAAAACUGAAGUUACUUCAAUGAAUUGUAAGCAAAAUGUUAUUCGUUUAGAUCGCUGUGGUGUAUAGUGAAAUAUUGUGUGUCACUUUGUUUGAUUUUGAUACAUAAUAAAUUUAUUGGUAUUUGUA